AUGGACCCACGGCUCAGAUAUGACGUUGAGCCGAUGCUUAAUGAAAACUACGGGCUUACAAUAGUGUACAUGGAUCCAAACAGGAAAGCGGAAGCAAUGUGGCUCGCUUGCCAAUAUGGAUCUUUGGAGAAGAUAGUCGACGUGGCGAUUCCCGAGAAAUUCAGGGAAAGCCUAGGAUGCACGGUUUUUUUCUAUAUGGACCCCAUUCAUGCCCAGGUGGCAAUCGAGCAGUUGUUCAACAAUCGAAAACCGUUUUCCAAGGAAGUUCUGGGAUUGGAAGAGGAAUUACCGACUUAUUAUCAGUUUGAGAAGGCAAUAUUUGACGGCAACGACCUCUCGGAAGCCGCCAAUGAACCAGACUCAUCUGAUGAAGAGGACGGGCAAAAUACCGGCCUGAUUUUCAAAUUUUUAAAUCUUCUCAAUUUAACUCUUAGCAUAGAAGAUGCAUUUAGCGAAAGAAAAGACCUACUUGCUGCUUUUCUUGACAUCGACGGCGCGUUUGACAACGUAAUUAUCGACAUCCUACUGCGAGAACUUUCCACCAUUGGUUGUCCUUCAGAAUUCGUCAAACUUGUUAAUUUUAUCUCCUCAAAUAGACAAAUUUAUACUGAACUAACAGGAAAUAAACCGAGAAUUGUUAAUAAGGGAGUUGCCCAAGGAGGCGUGCUUAGUCCGCUGUUAUUCUGUAUUUAUAUAGCUAAAAUAAUAAACAAUGUACCCAAAAGCGUCACUGUUUCUAAAUUUGCUGACGAUUUAGCAGUCUAUUGUAAAAGGCUUCCCCUCCAGACUUGCAAAAGGUUGAUUGAAAAAGCUGUUGGAAUUAUAUACCAAAAUUUGCGCAACCUUGGGCUUGAUCUUUCACCAAGCAAAACAGUUCUUAUGCAUUUCAACAAUCGACAUGUAAAACCUGGCCUAACCGAAAUAAAAAUUAAAGAUACGAUCAUAAAAUCUUCUGAGUCUACUCGCUUCCUUGGAAUAAUCCUGGAUUACCAACUAAACUUCAAAAAUCACAUUAAACAAAUUCACAAGAAAGCAUCAAUGGCUUUAAACAUCAUCAAGUUUUUGCGAGGUACCUGGUGGGGAGCGCAGCCUGGUACAUUACUAACUCUGUAUAAAAGUUUUAUUCGCGCUAUUAUCGAUUAUGGAUGUCUUGUAUACUAUCCCACGCAGGCAAAACUCACCAAUGUUUUAGAAAAAAUACAGUACUCAGCUAUCAGACUAUCACUCGGCUACAGAAUCAGUACCCCAACAAACAUCUUACUCUCUGAAUCUAAAUUAGUCACAAUCGAAAAUAGGACCAAGUAUCUUUGCCUUAACUACCUCUAUAAGAUCAUGUCAAAUAAAAAUUUCAAAGUCUUUUCAAGCUUCCACUUCGGCUUGUAUGAAUAUGAUUAUUAUACCCUUAUCGAUGAUCUCGAUAUUAACAUUGAAUUUGGAAAAACUCUGGAUAAAUCCAAAGAUCCCAACUCUGAGCUUGAGAAGCUGAAAAACGAACGAAAUCCAUUCUUCAUAUUUACAGAUGGAAGUAAGUCAGACAAUUCAAACUCGGUAGGAUGUGCCUGUAUUAGCGAAGAUCUAAACAUUGAAAUAGUCAAAAGUGUCGACAAAAGAGCAUCCAUAUUUACGGCCGAGUCCAUCGCUCUACUAGAAGCAAUGAAACUUGGCCGUCGAUAUCCUACGAGAGAUGUAUACAUCUUUACUGAUUCCCUCAGCGCCCUGCUAGCACUUAAAAAUGUCAAAUUCGACAUCAAAACUAAUCCAUAUAUUUUAGAAACACGCAAAAUAGCUCUUGACUUCAAGCUAAAGAGCCCAACCAAUUCUGCACUCAAAUUUUUCUGGAUUCGUUUGCACACCGGAUUAAAUGGCAACAAAAACGCUGACCUAGCGGCCAAAAAUGUCUCUAUGUCUGCUCCCUCCGACUUUGUGAAAAUCCCUUAUACUGAUCUGCGCCAAUUGUUCAAGAAAGAAGCAAUAGUCAAUACUCGGGAAUUUUUAUGCACUGAAGGAAACAAUAAAGGAAUCAACUUUUUCCAAAACUUCCAUAAUGAAAAAGACAAACCAUGGUUUGCACAUGUUAAUCUCCCUCGAGCAAUUAUCACAACCAUCAACUGCUGCAGAUCAGGACACUACAAUCUAGCAUAUUCUUUAGGGAGAAUUGGUAUAAAAAGCUCUACCGAUUGCGAAUGUGGUCAUCCGAUACAAGAUUUAGACCAUAUACUUUGGCAAUGUCCAGUAUAUGAUCAACAACGCUCACAAUUCAUAAAAGAUCUGCGAAAACAAAAAAUGUUUCUUCCCAUGAAUAGCGUAACUUUGUUAGUCAAUCCGACUGCCGAUCUGUGUACUAGCGUUUACAAUUUCGUCUCUAACUGUAAGCUCCAAUUAUAA